CAAACCUAGAGUUGGACUACUACUCAUCAUGAUGGUAGGCGAAGAGAGAGAAACAGCGAAUAGAGAGAGAGAGAGAGAGAGAUCUGAAAGAAAAUGGUGAGAGCACCUUGCAUCGACAAAAAUGGUAUCAAAAAAGGCGCUUGGAGUGAAGAAGAAGAUAACAAGUUACGUGAUUACAUUGAACGUUACGGCCACUGGAACUGGCGUGAACUUCCUAAAUAUGCCGGUUUGGCAAGGUGCGGGAAGAGUUGCAGAUUGCGAUGGAUGAAUUAUCUUAGACCGAGUGUAAAACGAGGGAAUUUUAGCAAGGAAGAAGAAGAUAUCAUCAUCAAAUUACACCAGAAAAUGGGAAACAGAUGGUCAGCGAUCGCUGCACAGUUACCAGGAAGAAGUGACAACGAGAUCAAGAACCACUGGCACACACAUUUGAAAAAACGUGGCACCAACCAAAGUUACGAGGUUGUUCAUGAAUUGAAAGAGGAACAAAAGGUUAACAUUGAACGGAUUAUAGACUUUUCUGGUUUACAUUUGUCAACAUCUAGCGACAAUAUAGUUUCCAACGAAUCGUCACAGAGAAUCUUUGAUGAUUCAAGUUCAGGUACAAAGCACCGGUUGUUAUUCGAUUUGAAUCAAGAAUAUGUAGAGUCAUGGAAUGAAGAUUCCAGUUUAAAGGAGGAGUUGAUACAAUGAUACAGUUUUAGAAAGAAACAAAUAUAGAAAUUAUUUUUUAAAAUAGGUUAAAUCUUUUUUUUUUAUUAUUAUUAAUUAAAGGAUUGAAAACUAUCCAAAAGUGUUGUUUUGUACAUGGAACAGCAAUUUCCUGAAGUUUUGAUAUAAAUUUGUUAUUUCU